AUGAGAUCAAUAAAAUUAUUAUCUAGUGAUGAACCACAUGCACCAUCUAGAGAUGUGCGGCAACGAGCUUUUGAACUCAUUCGUCGAUGGUCUACUAGUGCUAUUACAACUUGUAUGAUAAUUUUUUGGACUGGUACUCAACAACCAUUGCCGAAUGCUGAAUGGGUGGCUAUAGUAUCAUCUGCUUAUUAUAUAACAUCAAUGAUUACAAUAACUAAUGGUGCUGAACAUGUUCCAAUGACACCUCCAUCACCAUUAGAAUCACCAUCGCAUAAUCCUGCUUCGACAUUGUUAUGA